CGUUACACCCCGUCCUAAACCUAACCUCAAUAAGUAUUUUGCCACAUUUCAUGUCUUAGUUUAGUAUGAACACAAAAAGUGAGUUUUUACUGUAUGGCUUGGGGAUUCUAACAGCCAUUUUGCUUCGUUGCGGAGUUUCUUUACACCCUUAUUCCGGUGCGGGCAAGCCUCCAAUGUAUGGCGACUAUGAAGCACAGCGGCACUGGAUGGAAAUUACCGUUAAUUUACCCAUAACAGAUUGGUACCGUAAUACUUCAACUAAUGACCUACAAUACUGGGGUUUAGAUUAUCCCCCCUUGACCGCUUAUCAUAGUUAUCUCUGCGGCGUUGUUUCGUUAUUCAUUAACCCUGAAUAUGUGUCACUUACAAAAUCAAGAGGAUACGAGACUGAAGAACACAAGCUAUUCAUGCGUUACACGGUUCUACUUGUGGACCUACUAUUGUUUAUACCUGCCGCUGUGGUAUAUUUUAAAAGUGUUUACAAAAAAAACCCGAAAAAAUCACUUAUUACGCCGUCACUUGGGACACUCCUCACUUUGUUGUAUCCCGGACUGAUUUUAAUAGAUCACGGUCAUUUUCAAUACAAUUGCGUCUCGUUAGCGUUCGCGGUUUAUGCAAUUUUAUUUGUGUGCACUCGGCGUCCCGUGCUUGGCUCAAUUUGCUUCUGUUUAGCGUUAAACUAUAAACAAAUGGAGUUGUAUCACGCAAUUCCAUUCUUCGUUUAUCUGCUAAGCACCUGCAUACCAAAACCGGGACAAAGUGCUUUAGUUGGAGUCACGAGAUUAGCGAAAAUUUCCGGGACCGUAAUUCUGACCUUUGCCGUUAUAUGGGCGCCGUUCUUAAUUAAUGUGUCGAGCACUUUCGACGUUUUACGCAGACUGUUUCCAGUCGCCAGAGGAAUUUUUGAAGAUAAAGUAGCGAACGUUUGGUGUACUUUAAAUGUUUUUUAUAAACUUAAGCUGUAUAUCGGUAAUGAGCAAAUGUUUAGGUAUUGUACUGUUGCGACGUUUGUCGCGGUGCUGCCGUCGAGUAUCGAUUUAUUUCUAAGGCCUAAUGUUAAGAAGUUUGUUAUAGCGCUCAUAAAUUCAUCUUUGGCAUUUUUUCUUUUCAGUUUUCAAGUGCACGAAAAAACAAUUUUGGUGGUCGCCUUACCAGUUAUGCUUUAUCUACCUGUAGAGCCUAUCGUGUGCUUUUGGUUUUUGAUUUUAUCCGUAUUUAGUAUGGUACCAUUGUUGCUCAAAGAUGAGUUAAUGGUCGCUACUAUUUCCUUAGUAUUGUUUUAUAUAGUUCUGUUUUAUAUUAUAUGCGAAUACAGACCGGGCUGUAAUAAUGAAAUGUUUUUUCCACGUUAUGAUAAUGUAAUACAACUCAUAAGUGAUACCAAAAAAAGUGGACAUUAUCGUUUAUUAUUAAGAACUUUUAGGAAACAUUAUAAAACCUUACUAACUAUGGGCAGGUCUCUGUUAAUAAUCGCAUCGUUAAGUGGAUGUGCUCUUUUCGUUGCACUGAUAUUAAUUUUUCACCCCCCAAUGAAUUAUCCCGAUUUAUUUUCUUUAAUUAUUUCAAUUUAUUCUUGUUUUCAUUUUUUGGCAUUUUUUAUUUAUUUCAAUUUUGUUCAAUUUAAUAUUCCACCAGCUGUUGAAGAUAUUAAGCAUUUUAAAUUUAAAAGUGAUUAAAUGUGAUUAGGUACCUACUAAUAAAACACUUCCCAAUUUAUUCUUGAAUUUUAUUGCAUCAAAAAUAGCCAAUAGAAUGAGAGGUUUAUUGUGCGUCACUAACCAACGAAACCAUACCUUUGUUUCUAUUGGAUAUUUUUUUUUUGCCAUUUGUUUUUGAGU